UUGCCACUAUAUUUAUAACAACGAAACACGAAACUAACUGGGUGGAAAGUACUCGUACGAAUAUUAUUAUGAUGAUAAAUUUAAACUCGUUUAACAAUAAUACGGAUACAAUAUUUAAAUAAGUUCUUUAAUCUAUGUGGUUAAAACUUGGAUAAAUUUAAGACGGGAUAUUAUCAAAUAAGUUAAUUAUUAACAAUUAUGUAGAGAAAAAAAAGAGAGUAAAGGAACCGUAUAUGAAAUCUGGUGACACACUGGGAAGGGAAUACGGAUUUAUUAACCUAAUAAGGUGCUAGUUCAAAAAGCGGUUCAAAAAGUGUGACAAGUUGAAUAAGCUGUUCAAAAAGUGUGACAAGUUUCUCAAGAUAUUGCUUUAACAAAGAAUAACAAGCAAAACUUUGACAAUGAGUUGUAUGACAAAGUGUCUGGGCCGGCUUUGCGUGACCCUUAAGGUAAUAGCCCUUAUCACAAACCUAAUCGCCCUUGGUUUGCCCUACUGGUACAAGGGGGCCGCGGUAGAGACGGUGGGCGUUAACGGCUCGGAUAACGUCAAGACUACGAUACGUGAGGGACUGUGGAAGGCUUGUACGGACGUAGAGUAUCUCGGCAACACCAACUCUUAUUGCGUUGGGAAUGACGCUUCCACCGUUGUUAUCGUCAUCCGGUGGCUGCUGAUGGUCGCUUCAGGUAUCGUAGGGAUCGCCAUUUUGGCGUCCGGGGCCGCUCAUCUCGAGAGUAACAAGACCGCCUUCAUCGUUGGAGCCAUCCAUGCAUUCAUUUCCGCUGCCUUGAACGCCACCAGCGCUGCGCUGUACGCUACAGUCGUAAAGGAUGAUAUCGGUUUCCAGCUGGAGCACCUGUUUAUUGGCUGGGGGCUCAACUUCCUGUCCAUGGCUUCAGGGCUGCUCGGGGGUCUCCUGGCGCUCUGUCUAGCCCGCAUGGUCAGUACUGCGAAGGUUGACGACCUCGACAAGGACACAGAAUAGAGAUAAAAUAAAUGGCUUAGUCGAUGGGUUGUGAAGAUUGACUGUGAUAUUUUCUUGAUAUUGUAGUAUAUUUUUUCUACCAAAUGUUAGUCUGUUGUUCGUUCUUGCGUUUAUUUAUGUUAUUUUGAUGGUAAUUUAUACUGACGAUUAUCAUUUUAAGCUGUUACAGUAUGUUAUUUAUUAUGGCGGUGAUUUGUCAGUUCCAAUCCAGUUUCAGUUUCAAUUCUUUGUUUAUAAAUUUUCUUUUGAAAAAGAAGAGAUAUACUUAAGAAUCAACGAAUAUUCUUUAGCAACUAGUUCAUUUAACUAAGGGCAAUAAAAAGGUCACGUUUCUAAAUCACCUAUCUUUAAGUUGUUUCCCUUUGUUACUCAACGCUCUUUUUUGUGCUCAUUUUUUUAUACAUCAAAGCUCAUUAUAAUCAAAUAAAACAUUUUUUUCCCCCGAAUAUUGGAAAUCCAUUUACACCCAUGAACAUAAGGGUGAAUAAAACAUGAUAUCAGAUAUUGUGAUGUUACGUCUUUAAAGCGGGCAGUCUGAUUUUUAGCGAAAACUAGUAUGCUAUAAUUGCUAUUGACCUAAUCACUUGUACACAAGUUACAAGUGCCGAAAUAUUUCAACAAAUUAAUUCGUUGUAUUUAAAUAAUUUAGAAGGCCUUUCUUAACGUUUUUUGUCAUGUUGGCGGGUCCAAUUGAGUAGGUGGCAGUGACUCAUUUGACAGGAUUCCUCCCAUUUAUCAGUAAAAGAAUCGUUUAUAAUUGUCCUGUUGUCCUGUUGUUUUGUACUAUUUUCAGCAUUAAACGAAAACGAACCUUG